AGUCGGGUUAGCGGGGAAGGGGAAGAACGGGGAAGUCAAUUGCAACUCGCAGAGCCCUUUUGCACGCGUGCCUGGGGAGAAUUGGACAUGGAAGGAGAGGAUUGAGCAUUCCCCGCAGUCCCAACGCCCAAAGACAGGUCCGCCAACAAGAACUUGGCGUCGGGGAGAAGCUCAACGUCCGGGGACUAUUCCUUCCUUUUGCUCGCCAUGACACAAGCCAUCUUCGUAUGCAGCAGAUGCUGUCGAGCAGCUGGCCUUCCUCGAGCAUCCCAAAGUGGAGCACUGCGAGUGCCAUUCCGACGACAGCGACGAAGCAUCACCCCCCUCGCCACCCCACUCUCACCCCCCCGCCGUCCGUUCAACACCAAGCCAACCGCCUCAAAAACCACUCUCCAACAAAUCUUCGACCACCCAACGGAAUGGAAACUCAACCGCUACUCCAACUCCCACACCACCUCCACCGGCCUCUUCGGCCUCCCCGCCUUCGACCGCCCCGAAGGCUUCGUCCACGCCGCGCAAGUCGCCAUGGUGGAGAUCGACCUCAUUGUCGAGCGGGUAUGCGCGGCGGUGGACCACCGCGAUCGGAACGAAAUGGUAAAAACGGUCAAGAGGCUGGAUAGACUGUCGGAGAUAUUGUGUACGGUGGUGGACUCGGCGGAGCUGAUACGCAAUGUGCAUCCGGACGGACGGUUUGUGGAGGCGGCGAAUGAGGCGCAUUCGGCGUUGAGUAGUGUGAUUAAUCAGUUGAACACGCAUCCAAAGCUGUAUAAGUCCCUUCGAACGGUGAUGCACGACCCGACUAUCACAAAACACUUCUCGGAGCAGGAGCUCCGCGUAGGCAACCUCCUGCUCGCCGAUUUCGAGAAAUCCGGCGUCCACAUGCCCAAAGCCAUGCGCGACCGCUACGUUGACCUGCAAAACCGGAUCCUCGACCUCGGCCACGAAAUGAUCACAAUGGCCGGGCCUGGCGUUCCCGAGGUCGUCAUUGAGAACCCGUUGGAGAAGUUGCAUGGGGUGCCUGGCCAAGUUCUAUCACGCAUCCUCAAUGAGAGUGGCACGCGAGCGACUAUACCAACCAACUCGGUACUGGCGUCCGCGGUGUUGAGGACUGCGCGGGAUGAGGGGGUGAGGAAACAAGUGUAUUUGGCGAUGAACUCUGGGAGUAAGGAGCAGGUUGAUGUGCUGGAGGCGAUGUUGUGGACGAGGGGCGAGCUCGCGAGGCUGUUGAAGAAGGACAGCUAUGCGGAGCUUUCGUUGACGGAUAAGAUGGCUGAGACGCCUGAAAUAGUGAUUGCAUUCCUCGAAUCGCUUUCAGAUCUUCACAAGCCACGAGCAGACGCCGAAGUCGAUCGUCUCCUAUCCCUCAAGAAAAUGCACAACCCAAAACCUACCACCCAAAUCGAAGCCUGGGACCGUCACUACUACUCCCAAUUCGUCCAGCCCACAGCCGCCCGGCAAGAGCCCUCCACAGACCCCUUCCACCCGCGCCCGAUCUCCCAAGGCUCCGACCAGCUCGCCGCCUACUUUUCCGUCGGCACCGUCUUCGAAGGCCUCUCCAACCUCUUCCACGCUCUCUACUGCGUCACCCUGGUCCCACAGACCGUCGUCCCCGGCGAGAUCUGGCACGACGAGGUCCGCAAAUUGGACGUCAUCCACGACACGGACGGCAAGAUUGGGAGUAUCUACUGUGACCUCUUUGCGCGGGAUUCCGCCGAGGGCCGGAAAUACGAGACUGCCGCGCAUUUCACUGUGCGGUGCUCGCGCCGGAUAGACGACGAAGAGCGGUUUGGAGAGGGGUAUGCGAAAGGCGCGAUGAGGAUCAAGGGGGCUGAGAAGGAGGUUGUGGAGGGUGGGGUGAAGAAACGGUAUCAGUUGCCGAUUGUGGUGCUUGUGACGGCGUUCUCGAGUCCGAGGCCGGACGCGGGCGUGCCGGCUUUGUUGAGUCUUUGGGAGGUGGAGACGUUGUUUCAUGAGAUGGGCCAUGCUAUGCAUUCAAUGCUAGCCCGCACAGACUUCCAACACAUCUCCGGCACCCGCGUCCCAAUGGAUUUCGUCGAAGUCCCCUCCAUCUUCACCGAAACCUUUGCCAAAAACCCGCAAGUCCUCUCCCUCAUUGGCCGCCACCACCAAACCAACACGCCGAUCCCACCCUCUCUUCUCCCUUCCCCGAGAUCAUGCCAACCCGACGCCCUUGAAAUCCAAAACCAGCUCCAACUCUCCCUCCUCGACCAAAUGUACCACUCCCCGCUCGCCCUCGACGCCCACUUCUCAUCCACCGCCGUCCUCACCCACGCACAACAGCUGUACGGCGCCUUCCCUCCUCCUCAACCGCCUGCAGCGUGGCAGGUGCAGUUCACGCAUCUGGUCAGUUAUGGCGCGACGUACUAUAGUUAUUUCUGGAGUCGCAGGUGGGCCGGGCGGAUAUUUAGGAGGUGGUUUGGAGGGGAUGUGGAGGCGUGGGGCGAGGGUGGGGAGAUGUUUAGGAAGGAGGUGUUGCAUUGGGGAGGUGGGAGGGAUCCGUGGGUAGGGUUGGAACGGAUGGGGGUUGUGAGGGAGGGGGAGCGGGAGGGGAAAUUUAGGGCGGAGAUGGCGGAUUUGGGGGUCGGGGAGGGUGGGGAGCGUUGA